UCUGUUUUUGCUCCGAAUCCAGUGAGCUACUGUAUUGAGUUGACAAGGGCACCGGAGGUGAGUGUGAAAUGUGAGCUAAGUCAUGCCGAUAGCUACGGAGUGCCAAUUUUGUACCUGAUAGCAUCGAUUUACAAAGUGGAUGCGUGUUCACUGGUGGUUGAGAGUAUCGUGUUUUUCAGUGAUGGCAAUUAUUCUGCUACAUUUCUAAAGGGAAUCUUAGUGAAAGGUUCCACGUUCCGGUGCUGUACAUGGUAUGCCUGCAGGCAGCUCGGUUAG